AUGGACUCGCCGGCGGAUCUGGGUUUCGACCACACGCCCGAUCUCCCAGUUCCGAUCUCCCUCGUUGGUGGUCGAUAUCUACUUUUCGAUAUCAAAAUCGCGACCUACCUGCGCCGGGAGCAUCACAUCUGUGGCAUCACAAUCGGCACGCUACCACUGUUUCCGUCUCAGAACCUAUUUCUUGGUGUGCCUAUUGAGAUCAUGCCUGAAGAAGCUCAGUUACUAGUUGAACGAGGAGUCGGCACCAUUGUUGACGAUGCUCGAGCUCACAAUCAAGCUGUUCAGUCGACAGAUCCGGCUCGACGCGCUGACUAUCUGGCCAGAAUACAGAGGCAGUCCAAGCAAUUCAAGCAUGCCAAGGACGAGGAGAAGGAGCAGGCCCGGAAGCGAGCGUUGGGCAAAAAUGCGAAAGCCUCAAUCCCACCAUCUUGUGACACGCAAGACGGAUCUAGCGCAGAGCCAGCCGAUUUAGGCAACAGCGAGACAGCGCAAGCUGCUCAAGAUACCAUUCUGGAGGAUCAACCACUCUUUGAAGAUGACUCUCCUGUCAAGGUUUUGCCUGCCAGUGCCGCGUCAAACACAUAUAUUGUCACGCCGGCCACAUCUCGACUGCUGCUGCCACCACCUUCGGCAACAUCAAAGUCGACAAUAGAGAAUCUUCCGUCAUCUUACCCUUUUUACAGGCAUCUCCAUGACAAAGGCUUCUACACGACCCCUGGUCUUCGGUUCGGGUGCCAAUACACUGUAUACCCCGGCGACCCGUUGCGGUUCCAUUCCCACUUCCUCGCCACAGGCACGGAGUGGGACGAUGAGAUUGAUCUCAUGGACAUAGUAGGAGGGGGUAGACUGGGCACGGGUGUGAAGAAAGGGUUUCUGCUGGGCGGAGCAAGUCCAGCUGGAGACGUAAGGACGUUUAGCGUCGAGUGGGCGGCGAUGUAG